AUGCCAAUUGUGCAAACAGUUUUCCUCUCUUUCACAGUUUUGGGACCAAUUGAUCCAAAUCUUUUGGGUCGCACCCUCACCCAUGAACAUAUUUCGUUGGACUUUGAGCAUUUCCACUGUGCUCCGCCAGAGGAUUUCAAACCAUUCUUUGAGGGAAAAUUGCGUAUGGAAAACUUGGGAUUUGUACGCCAAUAUCCAUACUCAAGCUUGGAUAAUACACGCUUCUAUGAUGAGGAAACUCAUGCUGCCGUCCUUAAGGACAUAGAGCUUUAUAAGAAAUUUGGUGGUGGUACCAUUGUGGAGAAUAGCAAUCAUGGCUUGAAACGUAAUUUGGAAUUUAUGGUUGAGACCAGCAAGAAAACUGGUGUACAUAUUGUCGCCGGUACUGGACAUUAUGUCCAUGAUUUGCAAGAGAAGGAUCAUCUCAAUAUGACCGUGGAACAAAUGACCGAUUUGUAUUCGAGGGAAAUUAUCACCGGCGUUGAGGUAGAAGGUGUAGGCAUGGUCAAGUGUGGUUUCAUUGGUGAAGUUGGUAGCGUGUAUCCGAUACAUGAUUUCGAAAAACGUGCCAUAAAGGCCACCGGCGAGAUCCAAGAAGUCUUGGGCUGUGGUGUUUCCUUCCAUCCGGGCCGUGAAGCUGAGGCUCCCUUUGAAAUUGUCCGCAUGUAUUUGGAGGCUGGCGGCAAGGCCUCCAAAUGUGUUAUGUCCCAUUUGGAUCGCACCAUCUUGGAUAUUGAUCAACUUUUGGAAUUUGCCAAAAUGGGCACCUACAUCCAAUACGAUCUCUUUGGCACUGAAUGCUCCUUCUAUCAGCUCAACUCGAAUGUGGAUAUGCCAUCGGAUGCCCAACGUAUUAAUAAUUUGAUGCGUUUAAUUGAUGAGGGCUAUGUUGAUAGGAUUCUUAUGUCUCAUGAUUUGCAUACCAAGCAUCGUUUGUCUUCCUUUGGUGGCCAUGGCUAUCAUCAUGUUCAUAUGAAUAUUUUACCACGCAUGUUUGCCAAGGGUCUCUCUGUGGAGCAAGUCGAACAAAUGACUGUUGUCAAUCCUGCCAAAUGGUUGGAAUUUAAUAUUUAA